AUGCAAGAUGCCGGGGUCUAUGAUCGCUAUCCAAAGGAUUGGGACAUGACUAUUCCUAGUAUGGGUAAAUGGUUGGAUACCAAGGUAUCGGAGCGACUAGAAGGUGCGUUCCAUAAGGUCCUUGGGCCAUUUCGUGAAUAUCGCGUCGUUGCGUUGACAGAGUUCCACAAUCAGCAACAUGCCGAGGAGUGGAGGAUCUAUAUUCAGAGUCUUAGGGGGUUGUAUGAAAAGGCAAUGCGGAUGAAAAUCAACCCUGCCGUCAACCUUCACAGCAACCUUAGCCAGUACAAUUUGCCGAGCUGGAUGCAGCAGACGGGAGUUUUCAGUAGCAACAACUUGAAUGAUUAUGGACUCCCCAACACAACUUGGUUUGAAGGCUACAACAUAGGUGGGUCUGGCGCGGUUGGGAUCGAUGUGAUUGCAUUGGAGGUUCGACAUGCUCAGGCUUACAAACCUGAUCAGAGAUGUCCCUGUACCAACAUCCUUUUUUGUAUACAAACACUAGGCGUGAAAGAAUUAUCGAACAAUAGUAGAAAGAGAAUGUCCUACAUCCUACAGUCAUCUGGAACGUUUGCCACUGACAGCAUCCAUAAAAACUUCAAGAACUUUGAGAACUCAUCCAUCUGUGAGACUGUGAACCAUGUAAUUGAGAGUGGAACGGGUCAUGAUUUCAACAUCAUCGAGGCCAAAGAUCUGCACACAUUGAUCAAAUCUACCGUGCAUUCUGGGGGUAGCAAUGGUAACCUUACUCCCUUGAAGAUGAUCUCGUCCAAUGAGAUGAAGGUGUCCCUUCCACCACCAAGUGGAAAGUCACUGUCAUGCGACAAGCAGCACCUGAAGCAGAUCAUGACGCCAUACAAUUCAUUGUUUGACACUCUCGACGAGCUCAAGAACGCCGUCAUCGACCAUAUCUCCAAGAUCAAGGAAGAUUGGUCAAAGUCGGGCAAGAAUAAGAUGGGCAGCAACCUUCAAAACGAGGGUGAAGUCAACAUCGAGAGCAAGAUCCCAGAGACCUUGAUCUCUGGCGCCAUGUUCACAAAGCUGUAUUCAUUGGCUACGAGCAAGAAUGGUGAGGGUAAGGAUUGGGAUGUCAAGAGCCAAUAUGGAACCUACCGUCUCAGUGCCAAGGCAAUCGCCAAGAUGAGCACUAGCACCGAACUCGAUUGGUCACAGCACAUUGAGAACGUCAAGUCGUGGAGCCGUUCGCUUGGGAAGAAGGGGAUCGACCUUGUAAGGCAUAAGAUGAUCGCAAAGAACUCGAAGGGUGACACUUAUGUGAUUGAUAACCUUUAUUUGCCUUACAGCCCCGAGCCCAACCAUUCACUCGCGGUGAUCUCUGUAGAUAUGGGCAACCUUGCCGGUGCAUCAUCAAAGAAAGAUGUGGAAGACGAUAGCAACCUUUAUUCUGUCUUUUUGAGCGUUCCUACUGAAAUGUUCCACAAGCUCCAUGGCAGCUUCCGUUAUGAGUUGGUCAGGAUGCAUGCCCCCAAGGUGGUCGAGGCGCUUGGAGAUGUUUGCAAUACACACAUCCGGUCCCAGGUCUAUAAGGGUGUCUUGAAGAUGAGACCGGACAGCAAGAUGACGGAAUCUGCGAAGAAGCUCACCGCUCAGCAGAAGGGUAAGUGGAUCAAGAGCGCAUCGUUGCUCAGGGAGUAUCAGAAGGCGUUGGAGACCGAGAUGACGGAAGAGGAGCGGAAGCUUUCCAACCGUUUCAUUGACAAGGCGUUGCAGACAAUGUCACAGAAGAUCAAGUGUAUCGAGGGUGACAUGUUCAAGAACAUCUCUAGGGGGAAUUAUGAGAUUGGGAGCAUCAACUCAAAGUAUGAUAUGAAGUUCAACUUCAGCCACAAGGUUGGGGAUGCCAAUGCUUCUAGUUACCUUCAGAAGGAACUUGAUCUUGGGCUUGGGAAUGUAUGGAGUUUGAAAUCUCAUUGUUUCAUUGUUUAUUAA